AUGCCAGAAAAAUGUUUUUUACGUUGGAGGCAUAAAUAUGGAAAUAUAUUUACAAUUUGGUUAGGGGAACAACCAACUGUUUGUGUAGCUGAAUAUAAUAAAAUAAUAGAAACAUUUCAAAAAGAUGGAGAAACAUAUUCUGGACGUUUUAGAUUUGAGGACUUUAAUAAACUUGUUAAAGGAAUAAGUUGUGGUUUAGUAAUGACUGAUGGAGAACUUUGGCGAGGGCAGAGACGUUUUGCUUUGCAAAUAUUUAGAGAUUUUGGACUUGGAAAGAAUUUAAUGCAAGAUAAAAUUUUGAGUGAAUUAGAAUUAUUAUUUGGGAGAAUAGAAGAAGAAAUAAAACAAGAAAAUGAUGUUGAUUUUGGUGAAAAUAUUGAUAUAAGUGUUGGUUCUAUUAUUAACAAUUUUCUUUUUGGAUAUAGAUUUGAUAAUGAGAGGCUAGGAGAAUUUCGUCAACUUAAAAAAUUGAUGGAUAGCACGCUAGAUAUACAAUUUCAUCCAAUUAUUGUUUUAAUACAAUCAUGGCCAUCCCUACGACAUUUACCUUUUUUUAAUUCGUAUUUUAAAUAUUUCAAAGAAAUAAAUAAUCAAUUUUUUGAUUUUCACGAAAAACAAAUUAACGAACAUUUAAAUUCAAUUAUUUCACCGCCAACAGAUUUCGUAGAAGCUUUUUUGUUAGAAAAACAGCAGAGAGAUUCAAUUGGAGCGCCUCAUUAUUUUACAAUUGAGCAAUUGGUAGCCGUUGUUGGCGAUCUUUGGUUUGCCGGUCAGGAAACAACGAGUACCACAUUAAAUUGGGGAAUUGCUUUUUUAAUUAAUUAUCCAAAUGUUCAAAACAAAGUACAGGCAGAAUUAGACUCAAUUAUUGGAGAUUUUGAUAGAAUUAUUACAACGGCAGAUAGGCCAUCAUUGCCAUAUUUAAAUGCUUUAAUUAAUGAAGUCCAACGAAUGUCAAAUUUACUUCCUUUAAAUUUACCCCACACAUUGACCAAGGAUGUUAAAAUUGAUGGAUAUUAUUUUCCAAAAGAUACAAUCAUUAUUCCACAAAUUUCAGCUAUUUUGGCAGAUGGGGAAAUUUUUGAAAAGCCUGAAGAAUUUAAUCCGGAACGUUUUUUAGAUGAAAAUGGAAAAUUAAAAAAAGUUGAUGAAUUAAUUCCCUUUUCGAUUGGAAAAAGGCAAUGUUUGGGAGAAUCACUUGCAAGAAUGGAAUUGUUCUUAUUUUUAGGAAAUUUAUUAAAUAAAUAUAAAUUUAUGCCUGGAAAUGAUGGAAUUCCUUCAUUAAAGCGCAUUAAUGGGGGAACAGCUAGAUGUAUUAAAUAUAAAUGCCGGAUUAUAAAACGAGAAUAAUAU